AGCAAUUAGCUAAUUAACAUUUCAAUGUCAGUACUUAGUUCUAGCCAAGUGUCCCAGCCAGGCUGUUUUGUUCAUAACAGCAUCCAAAUAAUCUAAUUUAUCAAAAUGAAUUUUUUUUUUUUUAAUGAGAGAAGGUAAUUAUAUGCCAUUCUUACUGAAGUCAAAAUCUCAGUUUGAGUCAGUCCUUGUGUCUGGUCUCUUAGUUUUCCAUGCUGCAUACCUCUGGAGUCAGGUGGUCCCUCUGAAAACCCAUAACUGAUGGGAAUUUACUCCAGGCCCUGCUUCGGACACAAUAUGGAAACUCGUUGCAGCAGAUUUGUGCCCUUUGCAGAAAGUCUUCAGGAGGUAUCCUGUCCCUGUAUGCCUUGUGUCCCAAGGCUUCAUAUUUCUGGGAAGCAUGUAGUGCAUACCCUGUGCAAAAAAUCAGUCCAGUGGGCUGUGACACAGUGAUUUCUUGUGCUCUAGUAUCUCAUCACUGAAGUCACUCCAUCCAGGCUAGGGGAACCUAAGUGGGGAUGUAGAGGUUAGCACUGUGGGGUGUGGAGCUGCCAUUUCCAAAACUCUGAUUAAGCAGAUGGUUGUCAACAUUUGGCCAUUACAAUAGCGUGGCUUGUGUUCCUCUACAUAAUUUUUUUUCGGAUUAAAUUGGGAUUUCAGGUUUAGAGAUGCAGUCAAAUUCCCUUUCGUUAUCUCAGAGUACGGUUAGGCAAGAAUUCUGAGGGAGCUAAAUAACCCUUGUCUACAGUACAUUAUUGUUAUUUCUAACUUGUUUCUGAAUGAUACUGUUAAGAAGAAUAUUGUCCUUUUAAGUCAAAUAUUGGCUGCCUGGUAUAAUCUGUGGAAAGAACAGUUUUGAGCAGCAGCAGGAAAGACUGGAUAUGAAAUAAUAAUCUAUUGGAACAAAAAUCAGAUAGGCUGAAUCUUACUUAUGCAAAUAAAUUUCCGUGUGAAGAAUCCAGUCUUGCGUGUGCACUUCAGGACCACUUAUCCAGACACCUGGAAGAUUAAGCCUCUACCACUUUUACCUGUUUGUAGUAGCAUCCUUUAAUUAAAGCUUAUACAUUUUCAAAUGAAAGUAAUAUCCUUUAGAAGGAGAGUUCUUUAGAGCUAGGAUGGCUGAUGAUACCCAAACAGAACUGUCUGGAGCUAAGAAAAGAAUAGGUAGGUUUUUAUAUUUUGAUAUGUAUUUGUAGAAUGUAUGAAAUAAAUUUUGUUACACACUUAAAGCAUGUAAGAAGGCACAAAUGCAUAGUUCAGUCAUCUGCAUUUCUGGUGAGAGUAACUGUAUCCCAUUUAACACAGAGAAUUACCAUGGUAUCUUUUAGGAUAUGGAGAUGGGAAGGAACAGUCAUUCAGUUCAGGAACAGCAAACAAAGGCUUGAGGCAGCACCUUUCACAGAACCACACAAUAUGUUACAUUUCCUGUGGUGCUACAGCCUGGAAUAUCAACAGCUAGGAAGAGACAGAACCAUCUCCUGGACCUAUGAUCCUCAUGACCAGUAUUUUCUGUUCAAAAUACUGUGUAAUCAAACUACAUUAAAUGUGGUACAAUGAUGCCAAGGAAAUAAGUGACCUUGAGAAGACUGAAUGAACAGUGAGUUAACUAAGUAGAGGGUUUAAUGAACCAGAAGGAUGUAAUUAGUUUAAUGAAGGAGGAAAGAAGAAGAAACCUCCUGAUUGCUCUUUCAGUUGCUUUCCAAAGAGCAGUAAAUAUUUGGAACGAGAUUAUGUUUCUCCUGAGGAGACCACUGUCGUCAUAUAUUACAGACUAAUGGCAGAUUUGCUAUUUGUUUUUUCUGAAGUGAGACAUUCUGGCUGAUAAUGGGCCAUGGGAAGAAAUUAAAUGUCUCUAGACCUUUAAAAGUACGUCACAUCCUGUGGAUUUGUCUUUUUCUAUGGCUGUUCUUAGAUCUUGAGAGCUAAGACAGUGCUACUGGAUGAAGCUUCUGGUAGUACACUGGAUUUCUAAGUUGAAAUGUGCAGUGGCAGUAGCCAGUGAAUUUGGGGACCUGAAGUGUUCAGGAGGAGUCUUAGGUGUAGCUUUUGUGAUGAUGAGAGAACCCCAGUAGGAGUAUUCUUCAAACCUGUUCCCCUGAAGAAAUGCUUACAUAGGCAGCCUUGGCACUGAUGGUUUACAUGUAGGUUUUCUGUGAGUGUUAAUUCCAACUUGCCAAGUAUUCAUCUCGAGACAGAUGGAUAUCGAGAUGUGAAAUGCUGCUUUCAGAGGUUCGGGGUAUUUUUCAAGUAGAGAAGACUGAUUCCUACCUUCAGACUAAAGAACUUGGUAGGUAAUUGAAAUCUAAAUAUCUAAGAGAAAUCGGCAAAGAAAUAAGUUAACGGUGAUUAAAAUAACUCUUUAGUUGAGAUGGUCACUACAGGUGCUUUUUAAUUUUAGUGUUGGCUUUUUCCAGAAGUUGUUUCUACCUUCACUAGUAGUCUAAGACAAGAAAUCCCUUAAAAAUGCAAUAGUUUGAUUUUUCUUAUCUUCUCUUUUUUUACUCAGAAGUUUCUUUACUACUCUAUAAUGCACACUUUAAGUGAGCUUGAGUCACUGAUGUAUUUUUUAUUCUGGUUUCAAUUUGUGGCUAAUAUUUGGACAUAUUAACAUGAUGUAUUUCUUUGUAAUUCUACCAUUCUCUUUAGCUGGUAGAAUUGGUUAAUAGGGCUGCAGAUGCACAGUACCUGCCUGCGAUAGUCACUUCUAGCAGCCUUAUCCUGCUCAAUCCAUUUUUCUUUUAGGAUCUAGUGUGGUGAUAUGUGUUGCAACACUGCAGAAUUGAUAGGUCAGUGAAAAUUUGUUGGUCAGAGACUCUCUAUUGAGGCCAUGCUUUUCUUUGCCUCUCGAGUCCUGGAGCUGAAUUUAGAGAAAGUGUAAUUCUUGGAAAAAUAGAGGAAGGAAAGCUUUUUUUUGUUGUAAACACAUGAAAGGUAAUGGGAUACUAGGUGUGUUUACCUUUGAAAGCAAAAGAAACAUGUGUGGCUUUCUUUGUCAAUUUUUCAGAGUUAAUAAGAGAAGAGUCUUAAAGCAUUAGUGACAGGAUGUAACUUGUGUCCACUAGACUGGCUCUUUUCUUCUUAACCUGUAUCUGCCUCCACCUUCUUGUUUGUCUGCCUGAAUUUGUGAGAAUUCAGUAUGUGUGUAUUUAGCUGUGACUGUGAGGUAGAAACUUCUACAGGGUGGAAACAAAACUGAUUGAGUAACUGCACGCACCUAAAAAGCACUUCCUGCAUGUUUGCUAGCAGAUGUCAGCUCUACCCUUUGCCCAUUCUUUCACAGAAGGCCUGAGAUGAUAAAGAACAUGCUGAGAAGGUUACCAGACCAUGGGAAGUAGCAAACAGCUGAAGGUGGGGUGGAGAAUGAGAUUACUGUUCAGAAUGGUCUUGGAAAAUGGGACGUGUCAUCUGGAAUAAAGCAGGGUUCAGUGAGUGUGAAAGCUCACUGGUUGGCUGUAGGCUGGACAGAAUGGAUAUGUGGUGGGGGAAGAAAAAGUAGAAAAAGAACAUGAAUUUUUGAAUAAUGAACAAAUAGUGAUGUAUUAUCAAGUUGUUAGAGGGUAAGUACCUGGGCAAGGAGCUUGAAAGCAAUUUAAACAAAUCUUUCUGUUCUUGUCAGAGUUGGUUGGUCCAACACUGCCUCAGUGAUUCAGCUUCAGACUUCUUAUGUGAGAUGAAGACCAGUUCCAGGUUGUUUAGAGGACAGCUGUGGUUUAGAAAAUAGUUUAGUAUGAAGGAUUGAAAAAAACUAGAAUUGUAUCUUGUGAUUCUGCUUUUAGAGUUUAGAGACAUCUUAAGAUGGAACUCUUGCUGUUCUACAGAUCUGUUUCUUUUUAAAAUAAAUUUUUAUAAUAAUUUUGUACUGCUUUGUUUCAUGGUCCCAGAAAUUUCUUUAGGUAUUGAUUUAUCUCAUUUAAUUAUUUACUAGGCAAAGAAGGAUAUAAGAGCGACUUUUUAAAAAUUUCAUUUGAUGUUCUCAAGUUCUUCUGGAAAACACUUCAGGCAUUUGACAUACCAUAUCACUUUGUGCUAUAAUGAUUUUUUCUUUUGGUGUUCUUUGAUCUUACACCUGUCAUUCUUACCUUUUAUGUGAGCUAAAAAUUAUCUUUUCUCUGUGCGUAAGCUGCUCCAUGCUGUGAUCAAUAUUAUCUAUAUCUUCUUUGGUGCUUUAUAUUUUUCUUUAGCUAGAAGCACUUGGACAUACAGGAGUACCAUUAAUGUAUCAGCAGCAUAAGGACAUGUUAUGUUUUUAAAAUAUGUUAUAUUUAUGUAUUAUUCUGGAUGGUUUCUUACCCGAUUGCUUGAAAGCACUGAACAAAUGUUUUUCAAAGGUGUGUGUUCAGAGACUGCUACAACUUUUUCUGGUACUGUUAUUAAACAACCCUUAACCAGUGUAUUAUGUUGCAUUUAUUGACAUGUGACUUCAUCUGCUGCUUUCUGUGCUUGCUGCUCAGUGUUCUGAGGUUUUUGCAAGUUUUGUAAUGAUCUGUCGGUUUUGGUGAGUCAUAAUAAUUUUGCAUAAAGCACAGAUGCUUCUGUAAUGAUGUAUAGGCAGGUAACCAUUCUGAAGAGCAGCACAAGUCCUGGCCCAGAUUAUGGAGAGGCUUCUGAGCUCUUUCUCCUGUCAAUCUUUGUCUCUUAAGUCUUACCUUGCAAGGUCUUCAGUUCUCUGGUAGCUUCCUAUCAGAGAUAUCAGCAGAAACUUCUACUUCCAACACGUUUUCCCACAGGAUGCUUGAUGCCUUCACAGAACUCUUCAAGUUGUGAAACAUGAUUUUGCUCUGUAAAAGCUGCAUCAUUCUUUUUUUCAUUUGAAUUAUUCUAGUCUAUAAAUUCUACCAUGGUUUUAACCACCUUGUGCAGUAUCAGAGUUAAACUGUGUUGUGCUUCUGAUUGCCUUGUCCCAUCUGAAGAAAAUUUGAUAUAUUUUAUACUCUUGAUUCUUCUUUGCUUGGCUCAAUUUAAGCCUAAGUUUUUGCAGAAUUAAUAUUUUGGAAAUUUGAUAGAUGUUGCUUCAAUACUUUGGCUCGAUAGCAUCUGACUCAGGUGAAUUCUUACUAUUAACUUGAUAUUUGUAAUUGCCUCUCGGAUGCUUCAUUUUUAGAAAAUGCCUAAUACAUCCUAAAUGUAAAGAGGAUGUGAUUUGGGGAUUUGCCUUAACUGUCUUGUAAGUAAUUUCAGAAGACAACAGGUCAUCUAAAUUUUCUGUUCUGUCUUUAUCUUCUUAUAAGUUUGUCUUUUAUACCUUCCUUAGCUAGUGAAUUAUUGCAUUGAGGUAGCAACAUGUUUGUAACUAUCAGAUUCAGCUAUGUUUGGGCUCAGAAAUAUCAGUGGAAGUGUUGUGAGAUUUUAUUGCCCUCUGGCUGAUGGCUGUGCGAUUCACUGGAAAGCUUUUAUUAUGCUUCCAUAUACUAGCUAGUGUAUGUCUAUCAAUUAGACCUGUGUUGGACUUGCAUUACCAGGUUUAAGUUCUACUAAUGACCUGUGUGCAGAUGAAAAAUGCACAUAGGUAAAAAGUUAAUAGUAACUGGAAUUCUAAAGAAAAGUUGGUUUUGAAUUUAGUUUUCAUAUUGAAAAAACAAAAUUUUGCACUCUAAAAUACAUGACAGCGUAGUUCUUUAAAGAGAGAAAAAAAGGUGUGUCUUUGUUUGUGUUCAGGGAGCAGAAGAUAGAACGUUUUUGUGUUGAAGUGGUUCCAAUCUGUUGUUUCAUUUGAUAAAUGGAUUUUUUAUGGGCUUCGUUUUACCACGUGCAGUUCUUAACAUCUGUAUGAAACUUGAAUGUGCCCAGGUGCUGGUGGUGAUGUUUGUUCCACUUUCACGAGGCCCAUUUGAAUGGGGAUUAGGAUUUAGGUUCCUGUCCAGUGACAAAUCUGGUGUUUCCACCCCGUUUGUAUUUGUGCUAGUAAGAUGAGCCAAAUUUACUCUAAUGUUUUGCUCUUGCUUGUACUUUUUUGCUAGUGGAGGCUUUCCCUUGGGCUUUGCAACUUUGGAACAAAUGAUUGUAUAUCUGUUUCUUAGAAGUGUGAUGAAUUUUAUAAUGCUUGUAACCGCCUGUGUUUUUUUUCUCCUUUUGUAUCUGCUUGCAUAGCUGCUGUUCCUUUUCAGUUCCUGAAUCUUAGCAUCACUUAGACUUUUCUAUUUUUGGUCAUGGCAAAUAGAAGUUUUGUAUUUAUAUUAGGCAGAUCUUUGUUUCUCAAAUGUCACUAAGUAACCAGUAAGGAAUACUAAAUAAUGCCUUCUUGAAUGUGAACUAAGAUUGUCCCUGCGUAAGAUUUUGUGACCGUGUCUGUGAUCAGUGCUUUGUUUUAAAUAAUGGAGAUUUUGAAAAUAGUUUUGCUUUCUUCACCCCUACACACUGUGUCUUUCUUUCAGUUUUGCUUUAUGUGUUUUUUCCUAUGAGGGCGUUGCUAAACUGUUAUGGAAUGUCUCAUCUGAAGUUGGACAUUGUAGUGCGAGAUUAGUCCUCAGAAAAGAAAAAAAAAGUAUAUUUCAGUAGGCGAAAAUCAGAGGAAGUAGCUGCUGACAUAGGAAAACUGUACUAAAGGACAUUUCUGAAGGAAAACUUUUAAGAUGUGGUGAAGAGCCUGUAUUUUCCCCUGUGUGGUAUAUAGUGCCUUAAAAAAUGGGGUUUGGAGGUGACCUGAAGUAUUCUCAUGAUGCUCUGUUAAAACUGCAAGACUGGGAACUACGACUACUGGAAACAGUGAAGAAAUUUAUGGUAAUGAGAGUAAAAAGUGAUAAAGAAUAUGCGUCCACUUUACAGAAUCUUUGUAACCAAGUAGAUAAAGAGAGUGCUUGUCAGUUGGAUUAUAUCAGCAAUGUGUCCAAGUCUUGGUUGCUUGUGGUACAACAAACAGAACAACUGAGCAAAAUAAUGAAGACACAUGCAGAGGAUCUUAAUUCUGGGCCCUUGCAUAGACUUACAAUGAUGAUCAAAGAUAAGCAGCAAGUUAAGAAGAGUUUUGUAGGUGUUCAUCAACAAAUUGAAGCAGAGAUGUAUAAGGUCACAAAGACAGAACUAGAGAAACUUAAAUCUAGCUACAGGCAACUAAUAAAAGAAGUAAAUUCUGCCAAAGAAAAGUAUAAAGAAGCUGUGGCUAAAGGAAAGGAGACAGAGAAAGCCAAAGAUCGGUGUGAAAAAGCCACUAUGAAACUUCAUAUGUUGCAUAACCAGUAUGUGUUGGCACUGAAAGGAGCACAAUUACAUCAGCACCAGUAUUAUGAUUCUACACUUCCUCUCUUACUUGAUUCACUACAGAAGAUGCAAGAAGAAAUGAUUAAAGCCCUAAAAGGGAUAUUGGAUGAAUAUAGCGAGAUCACCAGUCUUGUAACAGAAGAGAUUGUGAAUGUCCAUAAAGAGAUCCAGACCUCAGUGGAACAGAUAGACCCUAACUCUGAGUAUAAUGACUUCAUAGAUACUCACAGGUCAUCAGAAGUUGUUGAACAAGAAAUAGAGUUUGAUACAUCUUUACUAGAAGAAAAUGAAAACCUUCAAGCUAAUGAGAUCAUGUGGAAUAAUUUAACAGCAGAAAGUUUGCAAGUCAUGUUAAAAACAGUAAUAGAAGAACUGAUGCAGACACAGCAAACCCUUCUGAGCAAAGAGGAACUUGUUUUGGAUCUAGAGAAGAAAAUAGAAGAGUCAUCUAAGACAUGCGAAAAGAAAUCUGAUAUUGUACUCUUGCUGAGCCAAAAGCAGGCACUUGAAGAACUUAAGCAAACAGUCCAGCAAUUAAAAUGCUCUGAGGCAAAAUUUGCAGCACAGAAAGAACUACUGGAACAAAAGGUUCAAGAGAAUGAUGGGAAAGAGCCACCACCUGUAGUGAAUUAUGAAGAAGAUGCCAGAUCAGUGACUUCUAUGGACAAGAAGGAUAAAGUCUCAAGAUUUGACACUAUACGUCAUUCCAUAGCUGGAAUUAUAAGGUCUCCAAAAUCCAUGUUGGGUUCAUCAUCGUUCUUUGAUGUAAUCUCAACCACUGAGAAACCAUUGGCUGAGCAAGACUGGUAUCAUGGUGCAAUUCCAAGAAUAGAAGCCCAGGAGCUGUUAAAACAGCAAGGAGACUUCUUGGUGCGAGAGAGCCACGGGAAACCUGGUGAAUAUGUCCUUUCUGUGUUUUCAGAUGGACAACGGAGACACUUUAUCAUACAAUAUGCUGAUAAUCAAUAUCGUUUUGAGGGAACUGGGUUUCCAACUAUUCCUCAGCUCAUAGAACAUCAUUACACAACAAAGCAAGUUAUUACAAAGAAGUCGGGCGUUGUUCUGCUUAAUCCCGUUGUUAAGGAUAAGAAAUGGGUUCUCAGUCAUGAAGAUGUCACACUGGGGGAGUUACUGGGCAAAGGUAAUUUUGGUGAGGUGUAUAAAGGAACAUUAAAGGAUAAAACCCCUGUUGCUGUAAAAACUUGCAAAGAAGAUCUUCCUCAGGAACUGAAAAUAAAAUUUCUGUCUGAAGCCAGAAUACUCAAACAAUACGACCAUCCUAAUAUUGUAAAACUUAUAGGAGUUUGCACUCAACGACAGCCUAUAUAUAUUGUUAUGGAACUUGUUCCAGGAGGUGAUUUCCUGUCAUUCCUAAGAAAAAAGAAGGAUGAGCUGAAAACCAAACAGUUGGUGAAAUUUUCAUUAGAUGCUGCCUCUGGUAUGGCAUAUCUUGAAUCUAAAAAUUGUAUACAUAGAGACCUGGCUGCAAGGAACUGCUUGGUAGGUGAAAGCAACAUCUUGAAAAUAAGUGAUUUUGGGAUGUCCCGGCAAGAGGACGAUGGGGUGUACUCAUCCUCAGGCCUAAAGCAGAUUCCAAUCAAGUGGACUGCUCCAGAAGCUCUGAAUUAUGGGAGAUACACAUCUGAGAGUGAUGUAUGGAGCUUUGGAAUCCUUCUGUGGGAGACCUUCAGUUUAGGAGUAUGCCCAUACCCUGGAAUGACCAACCAACAAGCACGAGAGCAAGUUGAGAAAGGCUACCGAAUGUCUGCACCCACAAAAUGUCCAGAAGAAAUAUAUAAAAUAAUGCAGAGAUGCUGGGACUACAAGCCAGAAAACCGGCCAAAAUUCAGUGAGAUUCAGAAGGAGCUGUCUUCAAUCAAAAGAAAGUGACAUAGUGAUGAAGAAGUGCCAACUCAAUUGUCUGGGACUUUAUUUUCCAGUGAAGUAAUUGUUUCCCUCAAACACUAUGCAUUUAUAUAGCAUUAUUUGCAAUAUUCUUCUAGGAUUACUUUGAAAUUAGCUGGUGUACCAUCAUUGAAUGGUGUCUACACCUGCAUUAAAGAUAUAAACUGCGAAAUGCUAUAUAUCCAGUCACAGUAGUACUGUAAUUUAGGUUACAUGUACAUAAGAAAGCACAUAUUACAAAUUUAAGGGACUGUGGCUUCUACCUGUUUUACAGCAAAUAACUGCUAGUGACAUUUUUCAGAGGUAUUCUACUUUAAGCUGGGCUCUCACUUGCUAUCCUUGUUCUGUAGGUCAGCAUAUUAAUGUGGGGAUUGUCAUACAUGUUGGCCUUAUAACUGAAGACAGUUUUGACAAGUAUUUCAACUAGAAGCUUUUUUUUUUUUAAUUCUUUCUGCAUCUGAUAUAUUUAGGUGAUAUUUGGUUUUAAGCAUGAAGCUCAGUUAGAUUCAAGAUGCAAGCAUGCUUACUGAAUGGAAAAAUCCAGAAUUUUUUUAGUAGUUGAAUUACUUGUGCAUUUAUUACCAUACAAUAGAAAUACUUCUGCCUUUAUAUGUGAUCUACUUAAUGCCUUUUUUCUCCUUCAAUGCCAUCAGAAUUCAGUAACAUAUUUCUUUUAUGGUGACCUAUGUUUAUGUUUAUUUAGAAAAAAGACCAAUAUAAAGUAUAUUUCUUAGCACAUGCUAAGACAUACUGCAAACUAUCUGCUUUCCAAAGAAUAUGUGAAAGUAGUAGGCUAAGAAGAAGCAGUUUAUUAAUGAUAGCAGCAAAUAACAAAUAUCACUGAUUUUAGAGGCCCUAAAGGAUAUGUUGCAUAGAUUUGCUUUUUACCCUGAUUUCUCCCUUAAAUUGGUAGAAAUUCCUCAGAAUGCAGCUGGAGCAUGCCAAAAGUUUAUUCUGAAUGAAAGAAUAUUUCAUGCAUAGUGUCCAAAGGAAAAUACUACUUCUGUAUGGCAUGAAGGAAAUGGUUCAGACAACCAAAAGGAAAGAAGUAUGCUUAAAACCUCUGACAGGGAACAGCAGAGUAGAAAUACUAACCUUCUAUUUUUUCUUACAUUAUUGCAAUCAAAUAUCAAAAAGACUGGGGAUAAACAAGGUUUAAAUGCACCAAGAAUAUAAACCUUGUGUUUGUAUAUAUAUACAUAUAAAUAUAUAUUAAAAAAAUAAGCCAGAAAGAAUAAAAACUUACUAGAUAGGGGAGGGGGGAAAGUGCACCAUUUGUUACUUUGACUCUGGGUUCUCUUUGCAGCUGGAAUUGUUUCCUGGGGCUCUGAAUAGAAAUAGGAACAAGUUACCGUAUCCCUGUCUUGAGUUCCAUCUUUAAGGGUGCUUAAAAUAUUUCUAAGGAAUUUACUAAACUAUUCAGAUCAAUGAUACCAGUUGCUGCUAAUGCAAGUAAGAAACAGGGAUUGUAAGUAACACAGCAUCUAGAAUGUUAAUUAGCCUUAUAUUUUAGUGUUACAGUGGGGUUGGAGAUGUAGUGAAGUCAGUGGCUACAUUACAUUUUUAUUUCUGUUAGGGUGGCUUUUCUAUUGUUCACAUCAUCUUUUGUUCUCUCAAGUAAUAUUUGCAGUAGUGCUGAGUGGUGGUUUAGGGCUGUGUGUGACCAAAAUAUGUGUAGUCUAGAAGAAUUUGUCUGUUACAUAGGAAUUAGUGUCCAACUACAACAGUGGAUGGUUGAUGUGGGAUCACAUCACCUGCAUUUGAGGUGGUACUAUCAGUAUCCAGCUGUUAAGGAUGUGCUUUCUUGCAUUUUGUUAAGUGAUUUUUUUCUUGGAGAUAAGGAAGCGUUUAUAUGCACAUACCCAUUAAAGUGUAGUGCUUGGAAAACUUGGUGGCAUUAAUUAAAACUUCAUUGUAAGUGUACUGGAUAUAUUUACUUAGUUCUGUACUUCAAGUAGCCCAGAGAUAUUUCUAAAGAGCAAUAGGAAAUGUUCUUGUUAGCUUGUAUGCUUCUAAGUAGUACACAGAGUCUGUGCCUUAAUUUGCUAGUAUGCUAAUGCAAGUUCAAGUGUACUAAGAUCUAAAAAAUGUUUCACAAUCAUUUGGGAAAAUCGGAGUUGCAUCCAACUGCUUUUCCUUACAUAUGCAUCCCUGAAGUCUGCAAGUAAGGAUAACAUUGUCAGCAUUCAUAGCUUUUCUGGGGAGUUAAUACUCUUUUGUUAGAGAGAUGGACUGUUUCUUUGCCAUAUAUCCUCUUGACAGCAAGAAAUACUGCUUUAUUCAGAUAAAUAUAAUACUGUUGUGUUUGUCAUAAUUUAACCAGUUGCCAUCCUGACUCUCACAGAAGGAUAAAGACAGUACUAACAUUUUAUUCUGAAGUAGUUAACCUCCAUACAUGUAUAUCACACUUCUGUUUAAAAUUGAAGUCUUUUUAAAACAGGAGAUUUCCUACAGCAUUAGGAAACUUUCUUUCUGUUACUGAAGUAGGCACCCGUUCUGUUUCAAAACUAGUAAUACUUGAGAGAAUACCAGAAUGGCUUUAUAAGCAGAGAAUAAAUUUCAACACAGAUACGUCUUUUUUGAUUAUUUAAAACUUUUUGUAUCAUUAAUUUAACAGUUUGUGGCAGAAUUUGUUCGUCAUGUCUGAGUUGUAAUUGUUGAAACUACUCAAUUUAGGAAUUGGAAUCCAUACCUAUAGAUACUGUAGGCUUCUAAUAGGAGCAUUCAUAACCAAGUCUGCCAUGCCAUCAAAUUUAUAUAAGACAUGACACUAAGAAGCAAAGCUUCAAUAUCUUCUCUCCAUGGCCUUUUGUUGACUUCAUCUUGUUGUCAGGUUAAUCUUACCAGGUUAGCCAGAUCCUGGUCAUUUGGCUCAUGUACUGUGUCUAUCAUAGAGAACUUAAAAAGAGAACUUAAAAAGUUACGCUUCAGUCUCUUUUGCAAGCAUGGAUUUCAGGUUAGGUUGUUAACACUGGCACUGUCACAACCAGAGGGACCCUGAGGGAAUCCUGACUUAUUUUACAUUGUUAAACGUAGGAAACUCUAAAUAGUGUUUAUCCUCAGCUUGUAAGUUAGCAUCCCAGAAAGGCAGUAUCUUGAAAUGUGCCAUUUUCAUUUGUUUUUGUGAAAAACAACGGACUAGCUUUUUGUUUAUCAACUACAGUUAUAUUGCAUUUCUUCUUAACCAAAAUAUGCCCUUUUGCUGAGUUGCCUAAAACUUUUUGAAAUUGCUAUUGGGAAGUGCAUCACCAGAAGGCCAUCAGUGAGAAGUGCAGCUGGUAAAGCCCAUUCUUACUGACAGGAAAGAGAAAACUGGUUGAGAAAAUAUUAGAUUAUUCAUUACUGAAGUAUUUUUUUAAUAUCUUUGACUACCUGUUAUGCCUACUUAAAUCCUACAAGCACAUCAUUAAAAUUGACUAUGAAGUUACUUAUUUGUUAUCCCUUUAUAGCUAUUUUGUUACCCUUUUUGCACGCAAUUGUACAGGCAAUGAAGAAACAAAAAAAGAAGAAAAUCCCUCACAUUUUUUAAGGUUACAGUGUACCAAGUCUCAGAAGUAUUUAUGUUCUCCCUCCAGUUUUCUCAGAUGUGCGCUGCUGCACAAAUAUUAACAACAGUGAUUAAAUGCUAGCCCCAUUCCCACUAUUCUUACUGUCAUAUCCUCUAAAUGUCAGUGCUACUCACAGACUUGAGAGAGUGCAGUAUUUGAAGAACUAAGCUAGUGUGUAAACAGUGUCAUCAAACAUUGCAUUCAGCAGUUCUGAGAAUAAUUGAUGGCCACAAAUAAUAAAUCAUUAUAAAGAUUAAAUAAAGAGAAAGGAGCUGAGAGAGUCCACUUUCUGUAACAGCUGUUUCUGUUUGUAGGCACUAGAAUAUUUGUUUGUGCCAGUGCACUUGGAUUUGUGACAUGUUUAUGGCUAAGCAUAAAAUAGUUUGCUAUUAAAGGAAGAGUUUUUCAAUUAAUUCUUUUUCUCCUAAAACACAAAAGGACUUCAGAUUACUGUUUGGAAGCUUUCUUCCUAGGCAAGAAAGGGAAGAGCACCCCUGCUACCACUGAAGUUAUCCAUUUUUUUCUUCUUAGAAUGAUUUUCAUGCAGUCCUUCACUUCUAGUAAUACAGGAUUUCAUUUAGUAAUCAAAAGGUGCAUAGCAAGAACAAGGCAAGUCCAGUAUUCCCUGAAGUUCCAAACAACCAUGAGUUUUUAAAGAGAUCUGGUCAAUUUGAAAUAUCAGCUCUAUUAGAAAUGUUUUCUUUCAGUUCCCUUCCUGCAGAUUUACUGAAAAACAAAACAAACAAAAAGCAGCCCUUAAUCAUCAGCAGCAACUUACUAGGAAAGCAAAGCAACCUCAGGAGCCUAUCAAGUUUUUCUAAGAGUAAAUAUUCCCUGGGGUAGCUUCCCAUUAUAAUGAAACAAAGUUUAAAGGUGGAAAGCUCCAAGUUGAAAUGGAAGAAUCUUUUCACGUGUCACAUCAUGAACAGUCAAAAAUUACUACCAUUUCUUUUCUCAAAGUGGUACUGAAGUGUGAUUUCCAGCUCCUAUAUUCAUUGCAGAAUUGCUUGUUAGUGUGUUAUUAAUACCCAACUUUACUUUGCUGAGACCUGAAAUUUUAAAGAAGGGAAGAUUCUCUCAUUGAAAAUUCCAGCAAGAUCUGCCUGGUAGCUUCAACAUUUUUACAUAUUUUAACAUCCAGUUAUCAGAGUCAUUGUGUUCAUUAUAAUAAGUACCACAUAGAACAGGAACUGGAAACCCCUGUCUUUAAACUUUCACAGUUUUGACCCUAGAAUCCACCUUGAUUUUGUCUCUCUGUCGAAUAAGCAAAAGAAAUUUCUGGUUUUCAGCCUUAGUACUACUUUAUAAAACAGAAAGGUGUAGAGAUGUAUUUACUGUUCUCUCCCAGGAAAUGCUACCUCCACGAACGACCCUGUUACCAUUAUGUCCCCUUCUCUUUGAUAAAAAAUUGCAGCAGGAAUAUAUGUCUAGGUAUAGAACUUGGACGUUAACUCAGAGUUUUUUCAUUUUCAGGCAGUUGUAUAUUAUUGACUAUUUCAGAGCACCAUUUUUUCAGGCAUCAUCUAGGCAGGACUUAAAUUAGAAUUUUCAGAUUGUUUAUUUGGGGGUGGGGGAUGUAAGCUAAGCAACUAAUUAGUUCACUAAUUAUGGUUGUUUUGCAGGUGUUUGAGAUUGGAGCUAUGGAAGGGUAGUUCAUUUAGAGAUCUCAGAUCCAUAUGCUUUCUCCAAACAAAAAACUGUUAGGUAUACUUAGAAAAAAAAUGGAUAAAUAAAAUCCUAAAAUCUAGUAAAAAAAAUGUGGUAAAAUCUACCUUGUAAACACAACUUACAUUGAUUUAUUGUUUAUAGAUGAAGACAGCCUCUGAACCAGUAUGGCAACCUAGAUUCACGCUGAGCAGGGAAUACUUGAAAAACAUCCUGAAUUCCCUACUAUUUGGAUCUGUCAUCUAGUUGUAGAAACACAAAUGUUUAUAGAUAAGUACUUAAGUUUUGUGAAUACAGUGAGUGAGACAGCCAUUGAAACUCUUCAAUAUAAGGCAAUUAGACUUUUUAAAACAAAAAUCAGAUCAGUGAUUCCCUCUGCAUUACCGUUGUUGCAAGUAUGAGCCAGAACUUUCCAUUGCUAAAAAAAAUGUGCUGUACUCUUUUCAGUCAGCUCAGUCUUUCUCAAUAUAUGAUGAAUUCUAUAAAUGUUACAUGCAAGUAAUAAUACAAAAUUCUUGGAUUACUGAUAUGUAAGCAAUUGAUUUUGAGCCAUUGCCUCAAUUCUCAAAGAAUCUUUCUGCUCUCUAAAGAGGGUUGCAGUAGUCUUACACAUCCAGCUGAGCUCUGCUGUAACAAUCUGUACUGUUGCAUCUCUCAAAUAUUUCCUAAUUCUGAAGGCUCCAUGUACACUUACACACCCUUUCACUGACCAGACAAAGUUAUUCUGGUGACAGAAAAGUCCAAAUACACUCCUGCUUUUAUUUAAUUCAGAAGUACCUGUGGUGAUACUAUACUUUAAAACCUAGGGCAAUGUGUUUGUAUUAAAAUGGGAGUAACCAUGAAUCAAGGUGAAGCAUAUUGUUAAAAUCAGAUUUUUAAUGAAUAGCUAUAUCACAAAUUGUCCACAUCAUAAAAUACAUCAGAGGAACAACAUUCGUUACUGUCUGGUUUACAAUACAGAACAUCCUGCUCCACACAGGAGAAUUAAAAUGCUAAAUACACUCCUUGACAGUUUGCUGUCAGGCCAUAUUGGAACAGUAUCUUCAAAAUCAACAGCAAUUACUUAAUUCCACCUAAGCCUUAUUGUGAACUUCCUUCUUCUUAAUAGAUCUUUUCAGACAGUGUUAAUUUUCAUCAUUCUGCUUUCAGAAAUUUGAAUUCACUAUGCCAUACAACAUUUACUUACAGGAAUAAUUAUACAUCCCCACCACUGUGAAGUGCUGAGACCUGCAAUUCGACAAGAUAAGCAUUAUUGUUGUGUACAAGGAACUGAUCUUGCACUGGGUCUCAACUGAGACGUCUGUUUAGAUGUCUGUUUCCAGUGUUAAUUGUACCAUUACUUGUAAAUCACAAGUUGUUUUUUUUUUUCACCAAGCUUCCCACUUUAUUUUCACUGAAAUGCUGAAAGCAUGUAAUAGGAGAAAAACCCAUGAUACAGGUUCAUCACACAGGACACAAUAGGCAGGCAGACUCCUGCAGAGAAAUAUUGAGGAGUGAAAGCCUGCAUUAAACAUCUGCCAUGUACCUUCUAUUAAAGGACUUCCAGGGAUGAAACUUGGGCUGGGGUUGUAGGACUGCUGAUUUUAAAAUUGCAUAUGUUGCUUUUCCUUUGUGUAACUGUUGGCAGCUGGAGACUGAGCAGGGGUGUUAGGGAAGGAGGGAAAUUCACUUCACUGGCCUGCCAUCACAAGCCAGACUUUUGUCACCAGUAGCCUUGAGUGGGCACAGAUGCCAAUUGCAGAUGUCUUUAGGUAUCCAGUUCUCAAUUUUGUGCCAAAAUACACACCAGCAAUAUCAGGUAAAGCACCUUUCAUGGUCUUUAUUGUUUAAAAAUAAUAUAUUUGUGAAACAGAUUGGUAAUACAUAACACUGGAAAUGGGUCCUUCUUCCCUAAAGCACAUUUAAAAUAAAAAAAAAAAAAAAAAAAGAAAAGAAACAACAUUUGUGAGUUUAUCUGGCUUUUAAUCAAGUCUGAAAAUGAUAACUAUGUUAUACAGUUGCCAGUUGUCGGUCCUUUAUAAUUUUAAAUAGAUCUGCAUUUUAACUUUAUUUAUUUGCCAAUUUUUUAUACACUUUUAAAUUACACUUUAGAACUCAAGCUAACUUUUUAUUUUCCUAGGCUGUUUAUGUAAGAGAUUUUCAGUCUUCUUGUAAACUGCAGACCUUUUUUGAAUAGUCCUUUGUCUUCUCCUUUGGACCACUUACCACUAAUGAGUCUGCAGUCCCCGUUUUACUGUACUCUUCCAAUAAAUGUAAAAUGUUUGUAUCAA